AUGGCAACACCAGUUCCAUCUGUAUCUGUUGAGAGUGGCUUAGACCCUCAAAACCAAGAAGUCACAUACGUUUACGAUGUAUAUAACGAAAUAGCUAGUCAUUUUUCUCAAACAAGAUACAAACCAUGGCCCAUAGUAGAAAAGUUUCUUAUGCUGAGGUCAAAACAUUCCGUCGGCUUGGAUGUGGGUUGUGGUAAUGGGAAGUACUUAAAUGUCAAUAAAGACGUUUUUAUCAUUGGUACAGAUAGAUCUGAAGGGUUGAUCAAAUGUGCACAACAGAUUUCCGAAAACAAGUACAAUUUGGGUGUUGCAGACGGGUUGGCAUUACCUCAUCCCGACGGGACUUUUGACUUUGCUAUAUCCAUAGCUGUGAUUCACCAUUUUGCUACUGAAGAAAGAAGAAUAGAAGCCGUUCAGCACAUAUUAUCUAAAUUAAGAGAAGGUGGGGAAGCAUUGAUUUAUUGCUGGGCUCUAGAGCAGGAGACUUCUCGUCGUGGAUACAAGGAAGGCGACGACCAAGACGUUUUGAUACCGUGGGUAUUGAAAAAACAACAACCACUGAAGAAAAAAGGAGCCAACAAAAGAAAACAAAAGAGCGAGUCUGUGCUGGAACAACCAGAAAGCACAGAGCAACCUGCUGAUGCCGAAGAAACAGAGCCAGAUGUCACCAAGUAUCGUUACUACCAUUUAUACAAGAAGGGAGAAUUAGUCGACAAUUGUCUACAAACUAAAUGUUGCACGAUUGUGGAGGAGGGGUACGAGAAGGAUAACUGGUGGGUCAUUAUAAAGAAAACAUAG